AGCCCAAUGCAGGGUUCAAUCCCAGGACCCCAGUAUCAUGACCUGAGCCAAAGGCAGACCUGUAACCAACUGAGCCACCUAGGUGCCCCCUAUUACUGUUUUGUUUUUGGUUUUUUUACUUAAUUGUAUAUGGUUAGCAGCUGGGAACAACAUUAUACAUAUUCUUUGAAAUACAGUGAGAUUUUCAUUAUGUUCCAGUAUGUAUUGGUUUUCUAUAUGCUUCAUUUAUGCUUGAGAAGAAUGCUUAUUUUCUAAUAUUUGGGUAUAAGGUUCUGAUGAACAAGUCCUGCUUGUUCAUCAUUUUAUUUUUAUUUUUAUUUUUUGAUCUAUUUGACCUAUGAAAAAUUGGAGUGUGUUGAAAUCACCCACAGCAAUGCCGCUUUGUAAAUUUCUUCCUGUAGUUCUAAAAAUCCCUUGAGGCUUUUUUCCCCUCACCAAGAGAUGGUGAGUUUGGAUAUUUUGUCCUGUCUGGAUAGAUAUUUGAUUUGCUCAGGAAUGUUUCAGGGUAGCGAGAGAGUAGGAAAAAGUACAGGAUGUGGAGGUCCUAUCCUGUAUGGUCAUCUGCCUCAUUUUAAUCUUAUCCAUCAGCUGGGAGAGUGGCAUACUUACAGUAUUGAACUUACAGGCUGGAUUCUUCAGGUGUCUUUGGUUCAGGGGCAGAUUUGGACUUUUUUUUUUUUUUUUUUUUUUUUUUUAAAGCAGGCUCCAAGCCUAGUGUGGAGCCCAACACAGGGCUCAAACUCACGACCAUGAAAUCAAGACACUUAACUGACUGAGCCACCCAGGUGCCCCCAGAUUUGGAAUUUUGAUCCUUUUGCCAUGUUUCCUUUCAGACUCCUUCCAUUUGUCUUUGUUCCCUUCAUAUCUUGGGCCAUGCUGGACUUCCCACUUCUACCUUUUGGACACUCACCCCACCUAGUUUAUUUUUAUCUUUCCAGGUUGAUCCUUCCUGAGAUGUUUGAGCUGGAGCUACUUUCCCCGCAUCCCUUGUAGGAGAUUGCUGUUCUGUUUGAGCUCUGAAAUUAAGCAUAAGAAUUACCAUUUCACUUCACCCAAGCAUCCACUUUUAAUGGAGGGGACAUAAUUACCUUUAGCAGCUGGUUAUGUUUGGCAAGAUUAGAAGUUGGAGAGUGACAGUCUUCUGCCGUACUGAGUACUUCUUUUUCCAGAUUUCUCAGGUUCUCUCCUUUGCGCAUCCUGCUCUGACUUCUGAUGCGGCUGAGGUCCCAGUUUGAGAUGAGAAACUUCCUGUCCUUGACCAUUCUUGUUCCUGAGUUUUUUCACUUUGCCACUUUGGAUAUCUCUUCUGAGACUGUCAUUCCAGUUCGGGUUCAUCUCGCUGAUGAUUCGAUUUCUCCUGUUCCUUCUGUAGCUGCUUUUCUACUUCUUGUUCUCUUAUAGCUGGGUCAAUAGGCCUUGCUGCUCCAAACAUAGAAGCUGCUUGACUAGACUGGGAGGUGCCAGCCAAGGAAUCAUCUUCCUUAGGAGUACUCUGAAGUUUUAGAUUCAGUUUGGUUCUUUGGGAGGGACCUCUGUUAUCAUAUCUGUAAUCAUCCCCAGAAUAAUCAUCUUUAGAGCUUCUCAACUGAACAUCAUGUCUAUCAUAUUGGUCUUCCGGGUGGUCCCACUUCGUCUGUAGUCAUUAUCCCUAUUGUACCCACUAACACAUAUACUGCUGCUGCUGUUUAAUCCUGAGUCGUAGCCUCAAUCAUAGUCUCUGCUGUUAGUCAUCAUAGCAGUCCUGGCCUCCAUAAUGAUUAUGAUGUUUGCCUACAAAGCUAUCAUCACCUCUUCUAGGUAGAUAGUCAUCCAGGCUGUCUGUUUGGAUGUUUUGUGAGAAUCCCGAUUUCUUGCUCAGUCAAAAGAAUGAGAAUCCUUGUCUUUAUCUUGAGCUUGAUCAGGAGAGUCCAUUGGAAUAUUGUUAACCAGACUCUUCAUUGAGGUUUAGGGCACCGAGCAAGGGAGGCAGGUUCUCAAACUCCAUGAGAUCAAAACCUUUCAACCUCUCUGGCUUGCUGGGUUCAAAUGGUAAAUGCAGUGCACUGAUAUUUAAUCCUCUAAAGAAUUCCUUAAUGGAGACUUCUGUCACAUCACAAAUUGUGUUCCCUAGAGAAGCGGCGUAGAGUAGCAAUUUGAGAAGAUGGCUCUGGUUGAUUCUAGGUUGUCAGGGGGCCUGUGGAGCAGUGGUUAGUUGGCGGUUCCUUAUACAUGCUGUCAUCAUUACUGUGCCGCUGGUUGAAACAUCUUCCAGAUCAGUCCAGCUUACUGGUUUGGGGACAGACAUGCUUCCCCCACCAGUGCUGCCAUCCUCAGCCAGGAAGUCUGUUAGGGAGAUAGUCUUCCCCAUCUUUUUUGCUGAGGUCACUAUGUUGGGGAGCAUUUUCUUUUAAGCAUGCAAAUUUACAGUUUUAGGCCUACUUACUUAUUUGCACCUUGGAGCAUUUUCUUAGUUCUCCUUAAUAAUGCUGUUUGUCUGCUCUUAUCACUAAUCCCAGCUUUCUGUUUAUAUUUGCUUAUAUAUUGUUUAUAUUUGUCCAGUAUGUUCUUUUCCAUAUUUUGCUUUCAUCUUCUCAGUAUCUUUACUUGGUUUAAGCUGAAUAUUGGGACAUGGCCACUGCUUCACCACGGUCUGAUACUAGUAAUAACCACAGUGGAAGGUUACAGUUACAGGUAACUGUUUCUAGUGCCAAACUAAAAAGAAAAAAGAACUGGUUUGGAACAGCAAUAUAUACAGAAGUAGUUGUAGAUGGAGAAAUUAAGAAAACAGCAAAAUCCAGUAGUUCUUCUAAUCCAAAAUGGGAUGAACAGCUAACUGUAAAUGUGACCCCACAGACUACAUUGGAAUUUCGAGUUUGGAGUCAUUAUACUUUAAAAGCCGAUGCUUUGUUGGGAAGAGCAACAAUAGAUCUGAAACAAGCUCUCUUAAUACACAAUAGAAAAUUGGAAAGAGUGAAAGAACAAUUAAAACUUUCUUUGGAAAAUAAGAAUGGUAUAGUGCAAACUGGUGAAUUAACAGUCGUGCUCGAUGGACUGGUGAUUGAGCAAGAAAAUCUAACAAACUGCAGCUCAUCUCCAACCAUAGAAAUACAGCAAAAUGGUGAUGCCUUACAUGAAAAUGGAGAUCCUUCAACAAGACCAGCUUCCAGGUUGGCUGUUGAAGGUACUAAUGGAAUAGAUAAUCAUGUACCCACAAGCACUGUAGUUCAAAACUCAUGCCGUUCAUAUGUAGUUAAUGGAGACAACACACCUUCAUCUCCGACUCAGGUUGCUGCCAGACCCAAAAAUACACCAGCUCCAAAACCACUUACAUCUGAGCCUACCAAUGACACUGUUAAUGGAGAAUCAUCUUCAUCUGCACCAACCGAUAAUGCUUCCACCACGGGUACUGCAGUAGUAUCUGAAGAAACCGCCUUGUCUUCAGAUUGCACUAAUACUACUGUUGAAGAUCCUCCAGUUCAAGAAAUACUGACUUCCUCAGAAAACAAUGAGUGUAUUCUUUCUGACAGUGCAGCACUUGGAUCUGAAGCUAGAAGUACUUUAGACCCUGCUGCCUCUAAUUCUGGAAAUAAUUCUGCUUUUGAGGCAGCCAAAUUAAGACAGCCAGAUGGGUGUGCGGAACCUGUACGGCAACAGUCUGGAAAUACCAACGCAGAAACUUUGCCAUCAGGGUGGGAACAGAGAAAAGAUCCUCAUGGUAGAACUUACUACGUGGAUCAUAACACUCGAACAACGACAUGGGAGAGGCCGCAACCUUUACCUCCAGGUUGGGAAAGAAGAGUUGAUGAUCGUGGCAGAGUUUAUUAUGUGGAUCAUAACACCAGAACAACAACCUGGCAGCGGCCUACCAUGGAGUCUGUUCGAAACUUUGAGCAGUGGCAGUCUCAGCGGAACCAGUUGCAGGGAGCUAUGCAACAGUUCAACCAGCGAUACCUCUAUUCGGCUUCAAUGUUAGCUGCAGAAAAUGACCCAUAUGGUCCUUUGCCACCAGGCUGGGAAAAAAGAGUGGAUUCAACCGACAGGGUGUACUUUGUGAAUCAUAACACAAAAACAACCCAGUGGGAAGAUCCCAGAACUCAAGGCUUACAGAAUGAAGAACCCCUGCCAGAAGGCUGGGAAAUUAGGUAUACUCGGGAAGGUGUUAGGUACUUUGUUGAUCAUAAUACAAGAACAACAACAUUCAAAGAUCCUCGCAACGGGAAGUCAUCUGUAACUAAAGGUGGUCCACAGAUUGCCUAUGAACGCAGCUUUAGGUGGAAACUUGCUCACUUCCGUUAUUUGUGCCAGUCUAAUGCACUACCCAGUCAUGUAAAGAUCAAUGUAUCCCGGCAGACACUGUUCGAAGAUUCCUUCCAACAGAUUAUGGCAUUAAAACCCUAUGACUUGAGAAGGCGAUUGUAUGUAAUAUUUAGAGGAGAAGAAGGACUUGAUUAUGGUGGUCUAGCAAGAGAAUGGUUUUUCUUGCUUUCACAUGAAGUUUUGAACCCCAUGUAUUGCUUAUUUGAGUAUGCUGGCAAGAACAACUAUUGUCUACAAAUAAAUCCAGCAUCAACCAUUAACCCAGACCAUCUUUCAUACUUCUGUUUUAUUGGUCGCUUUAUUGCUAUGGCACUUUUUCAUGGGAAGUUUAUUGAUACUGGUUUCUCUUUACCAUUCUACAAGCGUAUGCUAAGUAAAAAACUGACUAUUAAGGAUUUGGAAUCUAUUGAUACUGAAUUUUAUAACUCCCUUAUCUGGAUAAGAGAUAACAACAUUGAAGAAUGUGGCUUAGAAAUGUACUUUUCUGUUGACAUGGAAAUUUUGGGAAAGGUUACUUCGCAUGACCUGAAGUUGGGAGGUUCCAAUAUCCUGGUGACUGAGGAGAACAAAGAUGAAUAUAUUGGUUUAAUGACAGAGUGGCGUUUUUCUCGAGGAGUGCAGGAACAGACCAAAGCUUUCCUUGAUGGUUUCAAUGAAGUCGUCCCUCUUCAAUGGCUACAGUACUUUGAUGAGAAAGAACUGGAGGUUAUGUUGUGUGGCAUGCAGGAGGUUGACUUGGCAGACUGGCAGAGAAAUACUGUGUAUCGACAUUAUACAAGAAACAGCAAGCAAAUCAUUUGGUUUUGGCAGUUUGUGAAGGAGACAGACAAUGAAGUAAGGAUGCGACUAUUACAGUUUGUCACUGGAACCUGCCGUUUACCUCUAGGAGGAUUUGCUGAGCUCAUGGGAAGUAAUGGGCCUCAAAAAUUUUGCAUUGAAAAAGUUGGCAAAGACACCUGGUUACCAAGAAGCCACACGUGUUUUAAUCGCUUGGAUCUACCACCAUAUAAGAGUUAUGAACAACUAAAGGAAAAACUUCUUUUUGCAAUAGAAGAGACAGAGGGAUUUGGACAAGAAUGAAUGUGGCUUCUUGUCUUGGAGGAGCUCUUGCAUUUAAAUACCCCAGCCAAGAAAAAUUGCACAGAUAGUGUAUAUAAGCUGUUCAUUCUGUACAGUGAAUUUUCUGAACCUCUCAAAAGUAUAAAUGUUUUCCGUUCUUCCACAGAAAUAUGCAAAACAGUUCAUCCUUUUCUACUUUAUUUAUUGUUCCCUUGAAGUGACUGACCAGGAAAAAGAUCAUCCUUAAAUUUGAAGCAAGCAAGAGACUUUAUUAAAAAUAAGUAUAUAUCUAUAUAAGCAUAUAUGAUAGUGGCUCUAGUUUUAUAGAGCUCCGAGUAUAUUAAACAUGACAGCCGUUCAUUCAAAAAAUAAUCUGGAUUUGCUUUACCUUGUUUCUAGUAUCCAGAAGAAAAAGUACAAAUUGCUUCAUGAUCUUCUCCCUUAUGUAACACCUCUUGAGGGUGUUUAGUUGCAUGGCUGUUCAGGAAGGUAUUAAGGGCUUAGGCCAAAUCUUACUUUGAGUAUGAAAAAUGCUGCUGGCUUUUCUGAAGACAGGCAUUUGAACCUGUCAAUUCGUUUUAAAUAAAUACAGUAGUUGAAAAAUUUCCCUCUUUGCUACAUCACUAAUACAGUCAAAGUAAUGAAUGAAACAAUAACGUACAUGUAAGUCAUACACUAUAUCUGAUGCCAUUUAGCUUAUUCUAGAGGUUGGAAAGAAUUCAGUAAGCAGCAAAGAGGUUUGUUUACAUGUUACUUUGGGAUGCUAGGUAUUUGUGGAGUUAAAAAGAAUCAGGUACUUAUGUACUUUUGUUUUUAAAUCUGUGAUGUUCUUUAAAUUUAAUUCAUAAUAAAUUGAUGCAGUUUGAUACUUAGGAACAAAUAAGGUAAUGUGAACAUUUUUGCUCUUGUGUUCAGAGUUUUGGUUUUAUAAAACCAGAUGGACUGAAGAGUUGUAUAAGCAUUUGAACAUUCAAAUGAAAACUAUUUUCUAUUAGUGUUCAUAUAUCUUCAUUCCUCUUAAAUUCAUGAAAAUUUUAUGAUCUGAGUUAUAUAAGCAUAUUAAAGAAUCUUUUGGUCCCCACCCCCCUUUUUACAUAGAUCAUUAUUUUUGUCCUAGUAACUUUUAAAUUUUCCAUUACCAAGGGCAUUUGCUGAACUACCAAGAUGUAUAAAAAAUUAAGAUCUGAUGUGAACGAUAUUAAUGCUAUUUUAGCAAACUGGGCUUCCUUAUUAAUAACAAAAAAUUCAAUUUCCAUUUGUAUCACUUCAAUAUGCAGUGUAAAUUUCAGGAAGUUAAAAAGUUUUUUAUAACCAUGCACUGACAUCUUACAAUGUUAUCUGUAACAUAUUUAACUGCUAAGUACAUAUGGAAAAUACUAGUAUACAAUUUAAUUUCCCUAAACAGUUUUUGUUUUGCCAAAAUUUUAUUUUUCUACAUAUUAGAUUGUGUUCACUUCUAUUCAAAGUUCAUAGUAAAGAUGAAAUAAAAGCAGUGAUCCACUAUGUUGAAUAGACUCCUUUCCCAAAUCUGAUCCUGGGCUAUCUUGAAGCAUAAAGAAUUAAAAACAAAUACUGAUGUAUAUGACAUUAUGUGAUAGAGGGUGACCAGUCUUCAAAAGGGCUACUUAAAUUAUACCAUAGAAAGCAUCACUGCUCAGUGAAUUCUGCCAUGACAUGACAGAAGUUACUGAUGGACAUCAUUCAUUCAGUGGAGGUGAGAAUGAGAAUACCAUUUAGCACAUAUGACCGAAAACAGGAGGCUUUCAGGGGGCUGGGCCCCCCUCCUCACGUCAGGUAAGAAAUUACUGUAUACCAGUUGAGGCUACACGGAACCCACGGAAACCAAACAGCUUUCUGAAGAAGGCUAUUUUGGAGGACUCAGGGCCUUCCACCUUUCAAACCCAAUUAUAAAAAACCAGGCCUAUAGGCAGGAUUUAUUAUGUCUUAAUUCAUAUACUCAGGUGGCAAUGAGAGAAACCAAGGAUGUGGGCUACCUCUCACCUUCUCUCUUCUUUUCCCAUCCUUGUCCUGUGCUGGGCUAGACAGGCUCACUAUGCCUGAAAUGAAGAAACAGGCAAAGAAUGAGGCUUAGAGACAGAUUCAUAUUAUUUCAUUUCAGUGACACUCACUCACCACCACCGAACAGAGCCCAGUGAAUGGGUAACAGGCACAACAUAAUUUCUAUCUCAUCAAUCAGAUAUGUCUGUCUUCCCAGGAAAGCAGCUACAAGUGGCAGUUGAAGCUCAAAGAGUUAAUAAAACCUUUUAACAUCACAGCCUUCAGUUAAUCACCUGCCUCCUAUCUUUACAACUAGAUAGGGUGGUUAUGUGUCAACAUACCGUUAGGCAAUACUGCUUCUAUUAGAAAUGACACGUGACUGAUAAGUUCAUCUGGACUGGGAAAUCUCCAGAUACUUAAUAAACCAUACCUUUGGAUUUCCCAGAGGAAACCCAUAACUACAUGUCCCUUCUGAGGUCCUGAGCUGUGACCUGGGGAGAUGAUAGUUCUUGUCGCUGUGUGAAUGCUCUGCUACACAGACUGCUGCUGUAAGGUCAUCUUCUGAAAUGUAGGAAGUCCUGACUGACUUGCUGGUCAGCUGUGGUUCCUAUCUUAUUAAUAAGCCUUCUCAGCCUAUUGCAGACUUUCUGAGUCUGAAUGUUGAACUCUAGUGGAUAUUGCAGAAGUAAAAAAUCUCGUUUAAAUAUGUAGAUGAGAGAACAAAGGUUGUCUUAUGAACACUCCCCAGUUUUCUUAAUCCGUUGAUCUUAAAAACCAAACUUAAGGUAAACUGUUUUGAGGAAAAACCCCAGACCGUAUCAGAGAAGCCGUCUACGUUUAUGAGGCUCCUUUUUACCAACUGUAUACUCUUCAGUCGUAGGACAAAACAGUUCACUAUUCUCAGAGGGCAGUGCAGUGGGUUAGAACAGGGCAUUCAUUAAAAUAAUUCAUGGCCCUUGCCAAAAUAAUCCACCGCUCCUUCUUAUUUUUUCUUCCCAAUAAAUUUAGGGUACAAUAAUGCCCAGGCACACACAGUCCAAAAUAGGUUGUAUGGUGAACACAUGAAAUCAAAAAAUACCCCUCAAAUAAUUUAGAAGCAAAAAUGUACAACUCAAAAAGUGGCAUUUCCUAAAUUCCAAAUUUUCUCUCCCAAAUCUCAACCAAGGAGAAUACCGAUAAUCGCAUUUAAAAAUACUUACUGAUACGGUAUAUCCUUUAUGUAUUCUCUUUCAUCCUCAUAACUCCUCUAAGGUUGGUGUCUUUUGCUUUUUCUUUGUUGUCAUGAUGCUUAUUUUACAGAUUAGUGAGUCAUUUUUACAAAGUCCAUAGCUAGUUCACAGUCUAUGAUUAAAUGCUCCGUUGGGAAAAUUUUGCUAAUAAGUUAACUGAGAGCUUUCAGAUUUUUUAUAAAGUAGCCACUUUCCAAAUCCAGAUUUAUUCUCAAUCCUCAAAGGAAGUAAACCUGUCCACAAGGCAAGGUAAUUAUAAUCGCCCAUAGCCCAUGUCUGUAAUACAAGGGCAGACUACUACAAACUUCUGUUCACAUGCAUGUGGGGAAAUGAGCAUCUCAAACUAGCAGUCACAUUUGGAACACAGACAAUUAAGUAGGGACUGCACAAGAAGGAGAAUAAUGGGGUCCUAGGGUUUGUUCCCAGAAUAGGUCUCACUGUGAGGAAAUGCCAAGAACCAGUGUAAGACCUGGUGAAUCAGACUCCUGGGUAGUCAAAAUGAAGAGAAAGAGUACACACAAUCAGAAUCUUAGGAAUGUACCACAUCUUGGAGAAGGGAGCUAGCUAUCCCUUAGUUUAAAAGGGGAAAAAAGGGAAGAUAACAGCUCUAUAAAUUAAGACCCAGCAACUGCACUCCUGGGUGUUGAUAUAACCUGUACCCAAUGUUCGUAGGAGUCAAUGACUGGAAACAGCCUAAAUGACCUUCAGUGAAUGGUUAAAUAAACAGGUACACUACUACAGUGAAAUAUAAUCAGCAGUACAAAGGAAUCAACUACUGACUAUAUUGAGAUGGAUCUCAAAGGAAUUAUGUUAAAUGAAAAAGGCCAAUUUUCAAAAGGUCACACAAUCUGAUUCCAUUUAUAUAACAGUCUUGAAAUUCGUGGUUGCCAGGAUUAGGGAUGGUGGCAGGGAGGGAAAGUGAAUAGGUGUGACCAUAAAGGGACAGCACUAGGAAUUUAUAUGAUUUGGUAGAACAGUUCUGUAUCUUGAUUAUAGCGGCAGUUUAAAAAAACUACAUGUAACAAAAUACGUAGAACACACAUUAAGUGAGAGCAUUUAGAAGUAAAAUCUGAGUAAGAUCUAUGGGCUAUACCAAUUAUGUGGUUUUGAUACUGUACUGUAGUUAUAGGUUUACCUCUGGGGCCUCUCUACUUUUUUUCCACCAACUUCCUGUGAAUCUAUGAUUUCAAAGCAAAAAAAUUUUUUAAAAGCACUAUAAAAUACCAGAAGACAGACCCCUCCCAUAAAAGGUUUUAUUACUGAAAGAUACCUCAUUCCACAAAAACCACUUCACAGAGAUUAUUCUUGAACAAAUCCAAAAAACAAACCCUUCACUUCACCACCCAUUUGAUUACCUGGUACUGCUGGUAACUCAAAACAUACACACACACACACACACACACACACAGCCCCCACCAGAAAAUACUCAAAGUCACUCCAUAGAGAAAAUUGAAAAGGAGAAAAUUCCAGAGGAUGCUCAAACCAGAAACAUUCUUUAACACAAUAUACUAAUAUGAAUUAAAUGUAAAUAACUAUAGAUAUCAAAAAAAAUCAAAAUAGAAAUUCAGAAACUCAGAACUGGACAAACUACAUGAAAAUGUGAAAUGCCUGCUGACUGGAAUCAGGAAAAAAAAAAGGAAGAAAAAGACAUCUCGAAAGUGAAGAUAAAAUGUAUCUGAGGAAGAAAACAAUCAAAAAUAAGAGACAUGGAAGACAAAUUCAAAGAGCCAAGAAAAUGAAACUGAAAGAGGUAAAGAGAAAAAUCAGAGACAUGAUAAAAAAAUUAGGCAAAGAAGAUCUAAUACACACAAUCAGAGUUGCUGAAAAUAAGAUGGAACAGUGGUUCUCAAAGUGUGGGGUAAGGCAAAUCUGGUAUGAGGGAUGAUCUAAGAUAACUGGACUGGCCUCUUCAGUCAAUGAAUUGGUGGGAUUAAAAGAAAAAAAGAUGGGAGAACUCUUCUAGAUUUUUAAAAAGUAAGGCAGAAAAUCAUAUACAAUGUAUGACUGGAUCCUAGUUUUUAAAAGUGUAAGACAUUCCUGGGACAUGUGAGAAAAUAUGAAUAUGGCUGGUAUUAGAAGAUGAUUUUAAAGAACUACUGUUAACUUUUAGUUGUGCUAAUGAGUUUUUGUUUGUUUAGAAGGAUGUCCUUAUUCUGAUAUAACACAGGCUGAAAUAUUUAGGGAUGAAGUAUAUUGUCUACAAUUUCAACAGUUUAGAAACAUACACACACACACACACGUAUAUAUAUAUAAAUAUACACACAUAACAGUGAAAUAUAGCAGAAGAUUAGCAAUUGGGAUGGGUAUAUAGAGUCCAGGACUUUUUCCUUCUUGUUCAAAAAUAUACAUGAUAACACAGACCACAUCUGCACAGUUCACUGUUAACAUUAUAAUUCCCAAAUCCUCUGGGGAAAACCCACUAUGCAUGCACUGUUGAUUUAUCUGACAUUCAAGAUAAUCCUUUUUAUAAAACAGUUUUGCAGUGGUGGCAUCCCAGCCUCAAGUAAUACUGUCCUGCCUAUUUAAAACAUCUUCAUUUCUGUUUCACCCUUGAGUUCUGUGUUCUUUUCACCACAUUAGGGAAGAGAAUCUGGGCUUUGUGUAGUGACAAAAUCAAUCCUCCACUUGUGAGACUAUGUCAGAUUAAAAAAAAAAAAAUCACUCCAUUUUCCGUCCUCUCCUGACUUGUUUUUUCCUUAUGCAGGUUGGUUCCAAGAUCCAUCAUUUAACUACUUUAUACCAAGAACCCUCAACAUCCUAACCUCCUAAUUUUCACUGCACCUUCUCUGCAAGAUCUCCACUUUGCAUCAGUCCAGUCUGACAAAUGCACACCCCCAAUGAAACCUCUUCCACAAAGCUUUUUAUUUUCUUGAUCUCCCAUUCUAAUGUGAACCAUCCUCCUAAGAAAUCUUACACCACUUUGUAUUGCUGGUGUCUUAAAUGUGCAAUAUCUCUGCCUCUGAGCCAGGGAGAAGUCUCUACCAAUCUUUUGUAAUUAUUUCUUUUGUUAUCUGUGAAGAAACUUAGAAUUUUGUAUAUUUCGUUUGUUAAAUGGUCAUAUUAAAGAACCGAGAAAACA